AUGAUCGGUCGCUACCUUGAAAAGAAAGAAGAAAAGGAUCCGAAUGCUAUGGAUCUGACUGUUAUAAAGGGUCAGGGCCAGAAGAAAUCUUAUGGUCGGAAAGAGACACGAGCCUGCUAUAAUUAUAGAAGGACAGGUUAUCUCGCGCGGAAUUAUCGUGAGAAGAAGAAAGAAGCCAAUUCCAAGGAAUCUAAGCCGGCGGAAAACUAA